GCCAACCCAUGAUGGAGACGCUGGUGGUGGGUGCUGAGUGCUACGACGUGGUGGCCACUGUGGGGAAGGGGACCUUUGGGGAGGUGACCUGGGGCUGGCGCAGGAGCACAGGGGAGAUGGUGGCCAUCAAGAUCCUGAAGAACAAAGGCCACCAUGGCUUGACGGCAAAGAAUGAGCUGAGGCUGCUGGAAGCCUUGCGGGAGGUGGACGCGGAGGAGUCGCACAUCGUCCAUUUCCUCCAGUCCUUCAGUGAUGGUGUCUGUACCUACCUGGUCUUGGAGCUGCUGGACCAAAACCUCUUUGAGUUCCAAAAGCAGAACAACUUCUCGCCGUUGCCCAUCCGGCACAUCCGUACCAUCACGGCGCAGGUCCUGGCAGCGCUGGUCAAGCUGAAGGAGCUUUCCAUCAUCCACGCCGACCUCAAGCCAGAGAACAUCAUGCUGGUGGACCACAAGCGUUAUCCUUUCCACAUCAAGCUCAUCGACUUCGGCUCAGCCAGGAUAUUCACCGACAUCCACCAGAUCGAAGAUCCCUACAUCCAAACCUGCUUCUACCGGGCGCCGGAGAUCUUGUUGGGGUUGCCCUUCUGGGGGAAGAUGGACAUGUGGGCUCUGGGUUGUGUGAUGGCUGAACUUCACUUGGGUCACAAUGAGUACGACCAGGUUGUCCACAUCUGCUCCACCCUGGGGCGACCCCAAGACCAAUUGCUUCAUGCCGCCGAGAAGACGCCGUCCUUCUUCCAAUGGGUGCCGUAUCCUACCGGUUCCUGGCAGCUCAGGCCACCAGGCAAGGACAUGGGGAAGCCAAAGGGGUGGAAGAAGUAUGUCCUCUCCUCACUGAACCAGUUGGCGGAGGUCAAUGUCCACCCUGCACAGGAGGUGCAGGCUGAGUGCUGUGACCUCCAUGGGAUGGUGGAGCUGCUCAAGAGGGUCCUCACCUGGGACUCGCGCAAGAGGAUCACGCCCAACGCCGCCCUCAAGCAUCCCUUCAUCUCCUUGCAGCAGGUCAAGGCCAGCUUUGAGGCCACCCGGUACUACCAGCUCUGCCAAGAGGACUUGAGGGCAACCAAGAAGGACACCGGUGCGGUUGAGGUCUUCCAUGGCAAGGAACUUCCUUCACUCAACCAGACGGACGGCUUCAACCAUGCCAAGGGGGACAAGAACCAGGAUGUCCACCAAGCCCCCGUCCCCACAUUCUACAGCCACCAGCACCACCAGUGGGCCAGGAUGGAACCGGCUGCUGGUAACUGGAUCUUGGUGAGGUCAACCAAUGGGCAAAAGACCGGCCACCAUGGUGGCACCAUAGGCUUCGGUGGGAUAGAGGAGAAGAACCCGUGUGGACAACCAGACACUUUGCCCUGA